AAAAGCACAGACAUGGGAGAAAAGUUUGAGUUUGCAAGGGACAGAUUAAUGGCAAAUUUCUUCUGGUCUGUGGGAAUGAGUCCCAGUGAUCCCCGUUUCGGAUACUUUAGAAGGAUGACUACCAAAAUCGCUUCGUUAAUAACAGUAAUUGACGAUGUUUACGACGUGUAUGGAACUUUGGACGAACUCGAACUCUUUACUGAUGCGGUCGAAAGAUGGGAUAUUGAUGCACUCGAUAUGUUACCAUGCUACCUGAAAAUAUGUUUCACUACUCUCCAUAAUACCAUCAAUGAUGUGGCUUUCGAUAUUCUUGAAGAUCAAGGAGUCAACGUCAUUCAAUAUUUAAGAAAAGUGUGGGUAGAUUUAUGCAAAACAUUUUUGACGGAGGCAAAGUGGUACUACACUAAUUAUAAACCAACAUUCCAAGAGUAUUUAGAUAAUGCUUGGAUUUCAGUAUCGGGACCUCUUCUUCUAGUUCAUGCUUAUGUCUUUACGACAAAAUCAAUAACAACAGAGGACUUGGAAGGCUUGGAAGACUAUCCUGAUCUUAUUCGAUAUUCAUCCAUGAUAUUUCGUCUUUCUAAUGACUUGGCUUCAUCAUCCGAUGAAGCAGAGAGAGGUGAAGUUGCAAAUUCACUUCAAUGCUACAUGAACGACACGGAUGCAUCUGAACAUGAAGCACGAACGCAUAUAGAGGGUUUGAUUGUUGAGUCGUGGAAGAAAAUUAACCAAGUACAAAAUAUGAGUUCUUCACCAUACUUUUCUCGGACUUUGAUUGAAAUUGCUUCAAAUCUUGCUAGAAUUGCUCACACGGUCUACCAACAUAGAGAUGGGCACACUGUCGAAGAUCAUGAGACCAGAGAUGGCGUAUUAUCCUUAUUCAUCAACCCUAUUUAG